AUGCUCAAUCUCCUAGUCAAGGCUUUGAGAUUGGCUGCCCAUACGAGACCCAGCCAGGCUGUUACUGGGGCGGCCCGGUUGGACUGCUUGUCCUUUGAGACUGGGCAGAUUCCAGGGAGGAGCCUUGUUGAGGAGCGAGGGUUAGAGUGCUUUGAUAUGGAGAAGCCUGGCCUUUAG